UGUGCACAAUUCUCAACCUUUUGUGAAUGCCUAUGAAUAAUUUGAAUUUACAGUCGUAUAUGUACAUCACAUACGCAUAAUACUAUAGAGAGAGACUUGACUUGUAUUUGUUUGGGAAAUGUGUAAAUUAAGCACAAUUUGGAAAAACGUCACACACUGAUAACAAAAGUCAGGGAACUUUAAUACUUUAAGCAUGGCUUUGUAUUAGUGUAAAUCAAAACUUUUGAAAAUGCCAACCAAUGCGAGUAGUGUUAGGGGCACCACAGACUCCCAAUGUGGCAGCUCAAUCAACUAUAGCAGCGAUAUUAAUGCUAUAAGCGUGGAGCUCACCGAUCUGGAUGAUGCUCGCUCCGUCAAAGGCUUAAAAUAUUUACCCACCUGGCCGGCAGUUAAUUUAGAGUUUACUGGUCUCACCUAUGAAGUGCCUGACUGCUCAAAUGCGCAUACUAUGAAGAAAAUAUUGCGUGAUGUGCACGGGGAAUUUCGAUCUCAUGAGCUAACGGCUAUUAUAGGACCCUCGGGAGCUGGCAAGACUACGCUGCUUAAUAUGUUAGCAGGCUUUGGCGCCAAAGCUGCCGCUGGGGAAAUUCUGGUUAACAACAGUCCACGUGAUAUACGCAUUUUUCGCAAAAUGUCUAGAUAUAUAAUGCAGUCAGAUGUGCUGGAUCAAAAGUUUACAGUGCUGGAGUUAAUGAUGCUGGCGGCGCAUCUAAAGCUGGGCAAUGAGCUGAAGUUUGAGCAAAAGCUUGAAGUGAUCAAUCAAAUCUUAAGCAUGCUGAGAUUGAAGAAUGCAGAGCAUACCAAAACAGAGAAAAUGUCUGGCGGCGAGCGCAAGCGUCUGUCCAUUGCACUGGAGCUGGUUAAUAAUCCGCCAAUUAUAUUCUUAGAUGAGCCAACAACCGGCUUGGAUGACUUAUCCAGCUCACAGUGCGUGGCGCUGCUCAAGAUGCUGGCUUCGGGUGGACGCACUGUCAUCUGCUCCAUGCACACGCCCUCGGCAAAGAUUUUCGAAAUGAUUGACAAGGUUUAUGUGUUGGCGGCGGGUCAGUGUAUCUAUCAGGGCAGCGGCUGCAAUAUUGUGCCGUAUAUGCAGCAUAUAGGACUUGACUGUCCGCUGACCUAUAAUCCAGCUGAUUUUAUAAUUGAGGUGGCUUGCCAUGAGUAUGGCGAUCAUCAUAAUCGCAUGGUGGAGGCUGUGGGGAAUGGGCGCGUCUCACGCUGGACACCAGCAGCGGUAAGCUCGCCCGGCAACUCGGAGACCACCUCGGGCGCAUCCUCAUAUUAUGAAAUAGAGCAAUUUGGCUUGGAGCUGGAUCUCAGUCUACUAACACCGAAGUCAAGCUGGUGGGCGCAAUACAAGCUGCUGCUCAUGCGCAUGUUGCUGCAAAUGUGGCGAGAUAAGUCAUACAUCAGGCUCAAGUUCUAUAUGAACAUUAUACUCGCUCUCAUUGUGGGCGGCAUUUAUCAGGGCGUGGGGCGUCAAGCCUCGAAGGCGCUUUUCAAUUUCGGCUUCAUCUUUACAAUUGUCAUAGCCUAUUUGUACUUGCCCAUGAUGCCAGUUCUGCUACAAUUUCCCACUGAAAUCAAGCUCUUAAAACGCGAGUACUUUAAUCAAUGGUACCGCUUGAGCUCCUAUUAUGCUGCAAUGAUCUCUGCCAAGUUACCUGCCAUGUUUGUGCUGGCCGUCAUUUAUUUAUCCAUGGUGUACUUAAUGUCCAGUCAACCUCUGGAGUGGUUCCGUUUUGCCAUGCUCUUCACCAUUGCUUUUCUCACAGCGCUUACAUCGGAUAGCUUUGGUUUGCUCAUCUCCAGCAGACUCAGCUUAGUGAACGGCAUGUUCAUGGGUCCCGUGCUAGCUGUGCCGCUCAUUCUACUCUCCAUUUACGGCAUUGGUUACGGCAAGGACACUUAUAUCUCGCCUCUUAUGCGCUUUCUCAUGUCCUUAAGUUUUCUGCGUCACGGCAUGGAGGGUCUUGUGGCUGCUUUAUAUGAUUACGGCAGAGCUGAUACUAUCUGUGGGCCAGAGGAAAUGUUUUGCAUGUUCAGAAAGUCUCAGUUUCUAUUAAUGUUCUUGGGAUUUGAGCAACUGAACUAUCUUUGGUCUGUCUGCUGUUUGAUAGCCUUCUAUCUCUUCUUCACCUUUGCGGCUUAUCUAUUAAUACGUCAGCGACUGAAAAUUAAUACAGUGAAUCCAGUUGUAGCCUAUGUGCUGCAGCUUUUGACAAAAUACUUUAAUUUCACUUCGUACAAUUACUAA